GGAGCCCGAGUCAACUCACGCCAAGAAAUUGCACAACUCGCACUCAGUUUGCAGCUGCAGUAGGCGACAGCAGCAUCCGACCCCCCUCUCCCAGGUGAACCAUGGAAGAAGACGCGUCCGGCGCCCGGGCAAGCAGCAGCCUGUCGGGCAGCACCCACACCCUGGAGCAGCAGCAACCCGAAUCCACGGAGGUCCUGGUCCCGAGCCGCUCCCCCGCCCCGUCCUCACCGGGCGCCACCACCGGGACCCUGUCCCGCUUCAGCCUGAGGAACCCGACCUCACCGGGACCGAGCAGCCCCGGUCAGGUGAGCGCCAUCACCGUGGUGGCGCUGCUGGACAAGCUGGUGUUGAUGCUGGAGACGGUGCAGGACAACCAGCGGAGGAUGGAGCAGCGGCAGGGCGAGCUGGAGGGCGCCGUCAAGUUCCUGCAGGGCGACGUGACCCGCCUGAACAAGUCCCAGGCCCUCGCCAACGUCUCCGUCAACAAGCUGCUGGACAAGUCCCGCAAAGUCAGCGUGCACGUGAAGGAGGUGAAGGAUCGCCUGGACAAGCAGGCCGUCCAGGUGAAGAAGCUGGAGUCGAACCACAACCACCUGCUGAAGAGGAACAACUUCAAAGUGCUCAUCUUCCAGGAAGAACAAGAGAUCCCUGCUGGCGUGGUUGUCAAGGAUGCCCUCAAGACCCCACAGCCGAGCCAGUACGAUGCAGAGUCCACGCGCCCUAAUCCAUCUAUGACGGGGUCCGUUGAAGCUGUUGGAGCACAAGAAGAGGUUCUCCCGCCUGUCAACACGAGCACAGAUGAGGACGAUGAUGUUCUGGGGAGUGAAUUGAUGGAGUAUGAGGCUGCUGCAAUAUCCCCUGUCAAAUUUGAGAGAAGGGCUGACCAGUUCAAGCGCAGCAGUCUGAAGAAAGUUGAUAGCCUGAAGAAAGCUUUUACACGGGAGAACAUUGAAAAGAAGAUGACUAAGAUCUCCUCCAAGAUUGUGCCACCAGAAAAACGUGAGAAAAUAAAGAAGAGCUUCACCCCUAACCACCCCAAGAGCUCAUCUGCCAAGACCUCGUCUUUCAAGGUGUCUCCCAUGACCUUCAAUGUCAAGAAGGUUCGAGAUGGAACAGAUCCCUCACAGGAAAUGAGCUCACCAGUGGGAGAAGCCCAUGUGGAGAUUCCUACCUUGGGAAGCCUUGAUGGCAAGAUUCCUGCAGUGGAGUUGCACAGUCAGGAGAGCAUCGUAGAGGAGCUGCAGGAGACGCUGAACAGCUCCAACUCAGAGAGCCUGAAAGAGGAGAGCGUGAAGGUAGAUGGUGUAAAGGUAGAGAACGUGAAGGUAGAUGGUGUAAAGGUAGAGAGUGUGAAGGUAGAUGGUGUAAAGGUAGACGGUGUGAAGGUAGAGAGUGUGAAGGUAGAGAGUCCUAAGGCAGAGGGCUUGAAGGUGGAUGUUUCGCUCAAUGGAAAAACACCCAGCGUUGAGUGUGAGGUGAAUGGCGAUGGUGUGGCUGGCCUGGCGGUUCCAGAAUCCGAUGAUGUUGGUGAGGUGGAAGAAAAGGGAGAAGAGAAACACACAGUCGCUGCUGAGGUGGCAGCAGGUGUCCAGGUUCCCACAGAAACAAUUGCUGUGGAGCAAGUGUCCUAAUAUCACAAGUUCUACCUUCACAUAGAUGUUUUGAAUCUGAAUAUCAUUCUUUUGUUUCUAAAACACCAGAAAACCCAACAGGCACAUAUUAUUCUUGUGAGUGCUUUUUGGUUUUACUUGUAUUGAACGGAACCGUAUUCCUGACUUAUGUCUUUAAGUCCUACAUGUUUCCUACAACCCAAACAUUCGUACGGACUUUGAAAAUCCUAAAAUGCGUUGGGUUUCAGUCUUAAAAACUGUAAAUCAACGGUCUAGUUCAGGUUAAUUGUAAAUGCUGGUGUCAGGUUGUUGAAAUGCAGAAAUACACCCUAACCCUUCAACUAGUCCCCCCCCCCCCCCCCCCCCCCCCCCGAAAUAGGUAAAUAGGUGCACAGUUCUGAGGCGCUAGCGCAGCCAUCUUUCUCCUGCUGUGCUUGUCUGCCUCUGCUCUUCUCCUCUUUCAAAAACUGCCUCUUUUGUUCUUUUAUUGGUAAAAAUAAUAAAUCUUUGGCAAGUGCUGCAGCCCACAGCCUGCUGAGGCAGGGUGUUGCCAGGUUGUUUUAGAAUUGGAAUGAGGAUUUUUUCCCCCAGUGUACUGGCCUGGGGUGUUUUUAAAGUAGUGGGUUGUUUACUGGAUUUUUUUUUCUCUUUGGCUCAACCUGAGAAAGCCCACAAAUUCAGCAAGGGGUGACUUCAGUAACACAAGUGCCUGUAUCAUAUAACAACUAUACAAUUAUCAGCUAGUCUUUUGGUGAGACCUGGUUUCUUAUUUAUCAGUAUCUCCAUUGAUAGCCUAUUUACACCUUUGCAUGUGCUGCAUUAUAUAGUAAUGUUAUAUAAUUGCUGUUUGGUCUCCAACAACUCAAAUUUAAUCGGACAUUGGAGUAAAACAACAGUGGAAUGAACUUGAAAUGGACAAAAGGUUAAAAUGUUUAGAGAUUUCUUUAUAUUGGAAUAAUGCUAACGUGCAAAAACUAAGACAGAUGAAGGAUGUCAUUGCAGAACAAAGGCAAUAAUUCAGAUGUGACCAUGCAGGCUUUUCUCAUUUUUAUGUGAGGCAAUAAGUAAAAUCUAUGCUUAGUUUCUCCAAAAGCACAAUAACAUUUUUUACACUGCCCUAAACCUGCACAGGCUGGUUAGAGUAACUGCACUCUUUAAAAGAGUAGAGUCCUACUUUUUUUUUUUUUUUGCAGAUAAGAGUGAAAGCAAAACACGCCAGAAAUACUUUUUUUAUUUUAAUUUGAUUCAUAGUUGAGGUUUUACAAAUAAUUCAAAAAGAAAAGCGAAACUACCAAGCCACAGUGAACAUUAUGAUGAAGUAAACACCAUCCUUCGUGGUAUUUCACAGUUAUCGUUUUACCAACCCCAGUUGCAGGCUACAUUAUGUCAUAACUCCUAAAAAUAAUGGAGUGAAGUUGUACCAGGUGCCAAGGAUCCAGAUACUGGAGAAGUUACAGGAGUAGAUAAAAGCAGAGGACAGCAUUCCUAGGUCUGACGAAUGGUUCCUGCUCGGCCCAUUUUUCUUGUUCUUGGCCUCCUUGUUGAAAGUGGAUGAGGAUCUGUGGAGCCACAGGUGUAGCCCUGUAGGAGCUCCCAGACGCAAGGUGGUUAUGGACCCUGGGCAUCGGUGCUGGGAUGUGUGGGGAAAACUCUUCAGGUGUUGUUGCCUUUGGUUAAGGCGUGCAUGCAUGUCUGCAGAGAGGCAUUAAAGUUGUGACAGUCUGCUGACUGGGAAUUGAAACACGUUUUUUGGAUCCACGGAAAAACAGCUGGAGCUGGAUUGGGUAACUUUGUUUUCAGCUUGAAUGAAUGGGGUAUUUAUAGUGACUCUGAAUAAGAUAAAUCACAAAAGGCGAUAAACAUCUCAGAUCUGUAUGUAAACGUGCAGGAUUAUCAACAGGACCUGUUUCUAAUAGGACUACUCAUAUAUUGAACAAAUUCACAAAUUCACCUAUCACACAAGUCACAAAUUGAACACAGCCGUAUAUUGAUGCUGUCAUACCUGUCACUUAAAGUACAAUUAAAAUUAAACACUCAUUUACUAUAUUUAGAGGUAUGUUAUUGCACAAGUACAUCUAACUUGUAUUGUUAGUUUAUUUUGAGUGUACUUAUUGUGGGUUUUAAAGAAAAAACUAAAUGGUGAAAGUAUUUACAAAUAUUGAUGAAUAAGAAAACAAAAUUCCACUGCGAUGGACAAGACAAGAACGCUUCAGUAAUUGCAACUGCAAAGAACUUGCAGUGUACAGUGUUGUGCAAACGUUUUAAACCCCCCUUCAGAAAUGACCAGAUGAAAAUGCAGCCCACAAAGUCUGAAGAACUUUUGAUUAAAACUAUUAAAAGAUUGCAAAGGUUGUCUGUUUUGGAAGAAAGUAUAAAAACAUGACUCAAGACUUGGAUGUUGUAUUAUUGGGGUUUGUUUACAACUAAAUGCAAAAAAAAUAAAUAUCUAUUUUUAAUAUUUACUAAAACCUUGAUUCAUCAGUAUGUCUGAUUAAAUAUUUUCGUCAGUCAGAAAACUUGUUUACUGCUUUUAUUUGAGACUAUAUAUAUAUAUACAUAUACUGGAUCUACUCUGCACAUUUAUCACUUUAAGAGUAGCUAAAGUGUUUGUACUUUUACUUUUACAUUUGGGAGUAUUUCGGAAAAAAAAAACAUUUAAAAAACAAGCAAAGUGCAGCACAUGGUGUUCCAGUACUUAACUGUACUUUGGGUGUAAAAUAAAAGUAUAUAUAUAUAUAUAUAUAUAUAUAUAUAUAUAUAUAUAUAUAUAUAUAUAUAUAUAUAUAUAUAUAUAUAUAUAUAUAUAAACUUUGGGAUUUGGAAAUAAAAUACUUUUUUGCUUUUCAAAAACGUUUCUAUCUGUAAUGAUUUGUAAUUUUUUUCAUCCAUUUAUUCUGUCAAUCACGCUACAGAAAAAGGACACGUUGUUCCUUUCUGCUUGUUUAUUUUUGUUUAUUAUUCUGAUAUCUGUCUGCUAAAUAAAGUUUGCUUUUAUGUGAAAUUAUGCCGUUAAGUCUGAAAUAUAUGAUCACCAUUAGUUCAGAAUUUUAAACUAAAUUUAACCUAAAAUUGUUUCAUGUAUUGAUUUAAGUGUAAACACCAGUUUUCCUUUUAUUUUAAGCCUGUUUAUUUAGCCAAUUAAACCAAAGAAGGUUCCUUCACAGAAGUUUCCCAACCACGCGUGAUUACACAUCCUGUAAACAUGCAAAGUUUAGCCUUGCAUACAUAAAUAAAGAUUUUAUAACUCUGAAA